AUGGGUCGAGCUCUCUUUUCUCUCGCUUACGCCACUCCAGCGCCCGUCAUCAGGACCGAGCCAGAGCCUGAGGUCGACAUCUGCGAACGAUGGAGUGCCUGGAACCGCUUCGACCCCGACUCUGACGAUUUCUUUGAGCAUGCCGAAUACGAGGCUUUCGUUGGCCCCUCUCGGUCGGCAGCCCAAGAGGCCGCGAUGCCCCCGUUGGUAGAAGCAGAUGCACAGCUGGACUCUCCCGAAAGUACCGAAAACAGUGUCAAUGAACAAGGGAGCCCCAUGGCUGUUGGAUCUGAUGAUCCAGCUAUUCUCAUUGCCGAUGCCUACUCAAUCCGCGCUACCACCUGGGGAAACGACGAAGAAGACAGCACCUCCAGUCCCACCGAAGCGGAAUGGAGGGAAGCCGACCUCGCUAUUUCCUCAUCGCCAACUGACGAACAUGAUCAAACGUCGAUCCCACCUUUUAUCCCCCCUGUUGCCUUCCGGGAAGCAAGCCCUGCCCUCGAGACUGUGUCUCUCCCCUCUAACGACCCGCCCCGCUCUCCUACCCUUCGCCGAGCGGUUAAUAUUACACCCAUUAUCAUCUCCCGCACUCAGACUGAAGCGAUCGACCGCUCUCCCUCCCCAGAUUCCCCUUCUAUGCCUUCCACUCCACCAUCCGGCGUCGCUUUCCCUCAAGCAUUACUCACUCCUUCUCCGCCUCCCUCUGUGACACCUCGAAUCUACUCUUGGCAAAGGCACUCUAUUCCCUCUUUGCCUAGCAGUCCCAGCCUCCUUCGCGGCAAUCGUGACGGCCUUUUAACCAACCCACACGCAAGGAUGUCAUUUGCACGCAUCGACUCCUCACCAGCGCGUAUUCGCAUCCCGAGUGGUGUCAUGUAG